AUGUCUUCAACAUUCUCCAUCUUCCUCCUCACUUAACUCCCAUAUACACUAGUUCACACCUCAACCUACUCUCUCUCUCCUCUGCCUCUUCUUCUUCUUCUUCUUCUGCUUCUAUGUCUCGUCCUCUCCCACCUCCUUAUCUCUCCGUCAACCUUCCUAUCAUGGAGAAAGCUCCUACUCCCGAGUUAACCCCUACUCGACUCGGUUUCCCUAACGAGUUCCCUUACGAGUUCGACUCUCUUUCCUUCUCCCCUGGUUUCACUUCUCCCGGUGACUCCACUGAGACUGAAGACGAGAGCAGUGACGACGAGGAAGACUUCCUCGCUGGUUUAACUCGCCGACUCGCUCCUUCUACUCACCGUCUUACGCCUCCUCCUCUCUUCAAGACUCAGGAGAAACGUCAAGCCGCAGCUACUUCCCCUCAGUCAACACUGAGUGGACUCGGAAGCUUUUCAAACUCUGGAAGCAGAAGUCCUAUCCUUCCUUCCCCACCGGCUCCUACGUCAUCAUCAUCACGUAGAGACAAUGCCUGGGAUGUGAUCUCUGCAGCUGCUGGAGAAGUUGCUAGACUCAAACUCGGAAGCUAUAAUAAUGAGCCUCAUCAUCUUCCUCUUCAAACCCCUGAGUCACUACUCCGCCGUCAAAACGCUGCGAUUCUUGCUGAACUCCAGCACCAGCGUCUCGUUGACCAUUUGUGGCUCUGUUCUCAGUCAAGAAUCUCGAAGAGAGUAGUUCAAGAGGAUGUCCUGUUCGAGAACCCGAGAUACGCAAGACAGAACAUCAAUGCUUUGUCUAACCCUACUUGGCUGCCACCGCAACACGCCGUAGCUCCCCUGAAGCGUCCUUCUGCCGGUACCGGAGUUUUCCUUCCCCGGCAAUACCCAAUAACAACCACUCCUCCUUCCAAUUCUCAGAAGAAACCAGUGACCUCUCCAGCUGUGUUGCAAUCAAAAGUCAAUCACCACAAUCUCAACUUUGAUGAGUUCAACAACGUUGUUGGGUCUAGGCGUAGCCAGUUCGAUUAUGAGUGCAUGUUGGCGAGAAGUGCACUACUUGCUCGUCAGGGAAGUUUCAGAGGAGUUAGUGGGGGUUGUCUGAAUCAAGAAAGACGUCUUCCACAGGAUUGGAUGUAUUGAACUACUGAUGAUUGGGUUUAAACUGGGAUUGUUUUGGUCUGAAAGGAGUACUUAGUGUAGAAGUGGUUUGGGUGUAGGUUAUAAUGUUAUGAUUAGUAGUAAUAAGGGAUAUGAUAAUGAUGAAGAAUAAAAUUAGGGGAUAUUAUUACAAGUGUGUUACAUUAAUGUAUUUUUAGUUACGAAGACAAAGCUCUCUGUAAUUUUUUUGUUAACCUUGGGAGGGUUUUAAGGGAGUGGAGUGGAGUGGGGUAAUUUUUUUUUCUUUUCACUUUUAGUCGAUAGUGAAAUUUGGAAAACGUUGUUGGGUGGGGAUUUGUUAUUUGUGUUACUUAAUAGUCUUUUCUGCUAUUUGUGGAAAAAUCUAAUGGUUUUGUAAUAAAAACUCGGAAUUAUUUUGUUUGUUGAUUAA